AUGCCAGGCGAAGACGAAAUAUUUAAGAAAACGAUUACAACAUUCAUACAAAGCCAACGGAGCCCUUUAAUUCGAAAGAUGAAAGCCAAGGAUGCGAUGGGUUUACUGUUUCGGAAGAAAACCUUUGCCGGUUCGUCCACCCUCGAUUCACAGCUGAAAAGAUGUCUAAGCGUGAUCGACGUAAUGUUUUUGGCUGUUGGUCAAAUGAUCGGCGCUGGAAUUUACGUCCUUGCCGGUGCUGUCGUUCAUUCACAAACAGGUCCAUCAAUCAUCAUCUCAUUCUCGCUUGCCGGAUUUGCAGCUCUGAUGUCCGCGUUCAGUUAUGCGGAAUUCGGAGCGAGGUAUCCAAGAGCUGGUAGCGCUUACACUUACGCUUACGUCGGUGUAGGUGAGCUGUGGGCAUUUGUUAUCGGAUGGACUGUGAUUCUCGAAUAUAUGAUUGGAAAUGCAGCUGUGGCUAGAUCAUGGUCUGGAUAUCUCGACACGCUGGUGAACCACGCUGUAAGCAACUUCACACUGUCCACAGUUGGAACACUGAGUUCGGAGGGAGGAUUCUUCAGUCGGUAUCCGGACGUAAUGUCAUUCUUGCUGAUCGUAGCUGUUGCGGUUAUAGUUGCCGCUGGCUCAAAAUCGUCCGCCAGCGUCAAUACUGCCUUCGUCUUUUUGAAUCUCACACUAAUCGCUUUCAUCACCAUUUACGGUUUUACAUACGCAGAUAUCUCAUUAUGGACUGGCAGCGACGAGAGCGGCAGAUCAAGAUUUUUCCCAUUCGGCCUAGCCGGAACCUUCUCCGGGGCAGCUACUUGCUUCUUCUCGUUUAUUGGUUUCGAAUGUCUCGCUACUGCUGGAGAGGAGGCAAAAAAUCCGAAGCGCACAAUUCCUAUCGCUACCUUUGGAUGUCUUCUAGUGGUCACAUUCACCUACGUGGUUAUGUCCUCAUCUCUUACCUUAAUGAUACCGUGGGAAAAGGUGAAUCCUGAAGCUGCCUUCGCCGACGCUUUCGACGCGAAGGGUGCCGUUGUCGCCAAAUACAUAAUCACAGCCGGAGCGUUGGCAGGAAUGCUUAAUAAUUUGGUAACAGGAGCCUUCGCUCUUCCGAGAUGCGUAUACGCAAUGGCCGACGACGGCCUUAUCUUCUCCUUCUUUGCCACCGUCAACAAAUUCACGAAGGUCCCCUUGAACGCUAUCAUCGUGUUCACGCUUCUGAAUGCUACCCUGGCAAUGGUUUUCGAUCUGGAAGCUCUCGUCGAGUUUCUCUCCAUUGGUACUCUUCUCGCGUAUUCUGUGGUUUCAGCAUGCGUACUGAUCCUAAGGCAUCAGCCUGCACCCAUAGAUGGAGAUCCCGAAAAACUUGAUUCAGGAGGUAGGAUCAAAUCUUGGGUGCCAUUCCGGAAUUUUUGGGAAGGCCUCCCUGUUGGAAGGUCAAUAUGCAUCGCCGUGAUUGCUCUUGUUGUCUCCUACUUCUCGCUAGCGUUCACCAUUCGGUUAGGGAAAAUAUUCACCACAUCUGGCUUCAUAUGCAUAGGAAUGAGUACACUACUCAUAAUCGCCUCAUUUCUGUUCAUCUAUGGACAUGAACAAAACACACUGGACCUUAAUUUCAGAGUGCCUUUUGUUCCACUGAUUCCAUGUGUUGGACUGCUGAUCAACUGCUUCAUGAUGGCAUUCCUAGAACUCCUCACAUGGGCUCGCUUCUUUAUAUGGAUGUUCAUAGGUCUCAUCAUUUAUAUCUUCUAUGGUCUUCACCAUAGCAAAGAAGGGAAGAAGAAACGAGUGGUCGCCGAAUCAAGACUGUCGACGAUAUCGAAGAACAGUUGCGACAGGAACUAG